UAUUAUUAUUAGUGACAUAGUAUCACUAUUAGUAGAGAAUAUACAUUCCUUGAGUGGAGAGUCUCUGGUUUUGUCUUUGUAUCCCCAACUCAUGGUACAGCCUUGUCUUUUUAUAUACAAGAGGCACUUUACAAAUGUUUCUUAAAUUGAACUGGAUUAUAUUUGGAUCAUUUGACCUUGGUGCUAAUCUCUAAGCCUUCCUCGGUAAAAUGAGCAGCUAAAUUCUCGACAGGCUCUUUUCCGCUCAGAAGCCUGGAAACAAGUGAUAAAUAUUUCCUAAGGGCAGUUUCCCUAGAUGCCCCCAGACAACUUGGAGGGUGGGAUGAGAUAGGACUCCUGGGUGUAAUACCACCCCACACCACGGAAGGCGAUAAGGUCCUCCUCAGGCUUCCAGGCUCCGCUGCCGCCUCUUCCUCUCCAGAACUUACCAAACCAGGGCCCUGAAGAGGGGGAAGAUAAUAGAGAAAGGCGGCGUGGAGGUGGUCAGGCCCUCGUUUCUGCCAGAAUAUUUCCUUCCAGGGUUAAGUCGGCCUUUCCUAUCGCCAAACUCACUGGUAGUCCGCCUUUUGUUGGGAAAGCAGAGGCAGCGCUAGCUCGCAACGAAGCGGCGAUUGUUCUUCCUCUCCCCCGUACUGUGAAGGGAAAAGAUGUGCCCCUCUUAAGGUGGGCCCGGCACCUGGAAGAAGCCUCGGCAGGCGCCCCUUCUCCGGGUGGACAGGUAUCAGUAGUGUGCUUUAGGACCCUGUGGGCCCUCCGCCCACUCCCAGUAACUGCUGCUGCCUCAGUUUUCCUUGCCCGGACUGCCCAUGGGUUUCCUUGGCGAUAGCUGGCGGGGGGGCCUCGGUGUCGCCGUUGCCGUGUUCACAGCAGUGUCAAGCGUGUUCUUCCUCACGCUUCCCCCCUCGUUGCCGGGAGGAGAUUCGGGGGAGCUGAUCACAGCCGCAUAUGAGCUUGGAGUUGCUCAUCCUCCCGGUUACCCUUUGUUCACUCUGUUGGCCAAACUGGCAAUUGGUCUAUUCCCUUUUGGUUCCAUUGCCUACCGAGUAAAUCUUCUUUGUGGCUUAUUUGGAGCAGCUGCAGCAUCAUUACUUUUUUUCACAGUUUUCAGGCUUUCUGGCUCAUAUGCUGGAGGAAUCCUUGCUGCGGGGGUGUUUUCAUUUUCUCGCCUAACAUGGCAGUGGUCCAUUGCAGCAGAGGUUUUUAGCCUAAACAAUUUGUUUGUGGGGCUGCUUAUGGCUCUUGCUGCACAUUUUGAGAAGGCAACAACUGCAGAAGACAGAUCAAAGAUAUCCAAAAUUGGUGCCUUCUUUUGUGGCCUUAGCCUAUGCAAUCAACACACAAUAAUACUUUAUGUAUUAUGCAUUGCAGUGUGGGUUCUCUUCCGACUUUUUAAAGAGAAGGAGCUCUCCCUAGACCAUUUGCUAAAGCUGAGUUUGUUCUUCUCCACUGGCUUUCUCCCUUAUCUCUAUCUGCCUAUCUCAUCCUACCUCAAUCAAGCUCGUUGGACCUGGGGAGACCAGACAACCUUUUCAGGAUUUCUGACCCAUUUUCUUAGGGAAGAAUAUGGAACAUUCAACCUGGCCAAAUCUGAGACAGGAUCCAGUAUGUCUGAAAUAUUGUUUUUUCAGAUGGCAAAUAUGAAGGUUGAAUUAUCAAUUAAUAUUCAAGUCCUUGCAGUAAUAGCUUGUUUAUGUUUAAUAAGACAGGACAAACAAAACCCACCAUUGGUGUGGCUUUUUGUUGGAAUGCUUUGUGUUUAUUCAUUGUUCUUUGCUUGGCGAGCAAAUUUAGAUAUUUCAAAACCUCUUUUCUUGGGUGUGGUAGAACGCUUCUGGAUGCAGAGCAAUGCAGUGGUGACUGUUCUGGCUGGCCUUGGCUUGGCCUCAUUUUCCUCUCUGAGUAGCAGGAUGCUGAGCGGCAGCUCUGUAUUUCAAUUUCUGGAAUGGCUUUCAGCAGCCAUUUUUGUAAUCUACCAAAUUUAUUCUAAUUACAGCAUUUGUGACCAAAGCACCAAUUAUGUGAUUGAUAAAUUUGCAAAGAACCUUCUGUUCUCUAUGCCUCAUGAUGCAAUCAUCUUACUCAGAGGAGACUUACCAGGGAAUUCUCUUCGUUAUUUACAUUACUGUGAGGGUCUGAGGCCUGAUGUUUCAUUGGUAGAUCAGGAAAUGUUGACUUAUGAGUGGUAUUUACCUAAGAUGGCUAAGCAUUUACCAGGUAUCUACUUUCCUGGGAACCGAUGGAGUCCUGUGGAAGGAAUAUUACCUAGUGGAAUGGUCAUGUUUAAUCUUUAUCAUUUCCUCAAAGUAAAUAAACACAAAGAGACGUUUGUUUGCAUAGGAAUUCAUGAAGGUGACUCAACUUGGAAAGAGAACUAUUCACUUUGGCCAUGGGGUUCUUGUGACAAAUUGGUUUCUUCAGAGAUUGUAUUCAACCCUGAGGAAUGGAUUAGGCUUACUAGAAAUAUAUAUAAUUGGACUGAAGAAUAUGGAAGGUUUGACCCAUCUUCUUGGGAAGCCGUAGCUAAUGAAGAGAUGUGGCAAGCAAGGAUGAAAACAGCAUUCUUUAUCUUUAACCUUGCAGAAACUGCUAAUAUACCUACAAAUAUGAAAGCAGAACUUUAUGCUCUUACAUAUAAUCUAUAUAAGGAAAUCGUAUAUCUACAAAAGAAACAUCCAGCAAAUUGGCAUAAGAACUAUGCCAUAGCUUGUGAAAGAAUGCUUCGUUUUCAUGAAAUCGAUGUGAAUCCUGAAGUCCUUUUAUCUGAGACUAUCAAACAUUUCCACCUCUAUGUGGAGAAAGUACAGGAUGAUCCACAGCAGGCUGACAUUUUAGAGGCUCUUAAGCACCUCAGAAGGGAACUGCAGGGGCUAAGAAAGACCAAAAGAGUCUAA